AUGUUCGAAGUUAUCCUUUUCAUCGGCGCUCUAGCCUCUACUCUAGCCUUUGCUUCGGCACAUAUAAUCCGAAUAUGCAGCACGCGCACUAGAGUUACGGCCCCAGUGGUCGUCCCCAUCCAAACCAAGGUAAAGGAAAAGAUCGACAAUAACGAAAAUGUCUCAAAAUAUCAAGCAUUGAGAAAUCUACGAGAUCAACAUGAAGUUGCAGCAGUCAUGUCAAAAUUGAUCGAUGAAGAUGGUGCAGGAGCUUGGCCACCCAAUGCAAAUCAUGAUUCGUGGCCCAUGGCUCUUCGUCCCUACAAGGAAGUUUACUUCCAGCUCAUCCCACUCCUUUCCGCGGCCCCACCUUCGCUAAACGACGAUGUCAAUAAUGAGAGACGCGAGAAAUAUCGAUCUAUUAUGCGGAAGUCGCUGAUGGAACGAAUUAAUAUCCCACAAGUGGUUGCGAUCAUGACUGCUGUAGAAGCAGGGAAUUGGGAUCUCUUCCCGAGGGAUGCAUAUAAUGGGUUUUAUUGCUGCGUUGCCGUUUGCCGCCACGCAUACAGAUGGGCAACCAUUCCCGUCGUCAAGGUGGCUCAAUUAGAGAAGAUCGUGGAAUUUCCUUCAGAGCUCGACGCUCCUUGGCCAUAUCUUCAGCGGAAUUUUGGCGUGGACGCCGAUGCCGGAAACAACACCUCUAACGUCUUGUUAAAUUUUAAUACGAGGGGAGAAAGAAUUUAUAGAAUCAAUGUCGGGAUGUCUGAUUUGAUUAAAUCAUCCGAAGAAGUUUUCUUCCAAAUGUUCUAUGAUCUCGAAGUUGUAGCCUUUCCCAUCUACCACUCAAUGGUCCUCUCAAUCCUAACCUACACCUCCUCUUCUCCAGCCACCUGCCUCCCGCAUCUCCGCACCAUCAACGCUCGUGUCCGCGACCUCUUCCUUGUAUUUUACGAAAACCUCACCAAAUCCCGCGUUUCCCAUUCCGUCUGGCUCUCCUAUAUUCAAGGCUUCCAAGGCUGGGGUGUUGGAAAGAUGGUUGAUGGAGAGUAUGUAAAAUACGAUGGGCUUUCUGGAAAUCAUGUACUGUUUUUCCAAGCAUUGGAUGCGUUUUUGGGAAUGGAUAGGUAUUUGACGGAUGAGAAUAUGAUGAGGUAUAUUCCGAGAAGGCAGAGAGAGCUAUGUCUUGCACUCAAGAAACACAGUUUUGUGAAGGGGGCAAGGGAGAAUGGGCAAACUGUGAUCGAAGAGGAAUUUGGGAAGAUGAUUAAUCAGCUCAAGGUAUUCCGAGCAGCUCACCGCGCACGCGUUAUGUCCUAUCUUCAAGAACCCGCUCCUGAGCGCCUAGUCAUGACAGCCGGUAAAUCCGUGCUCGAAAACUCAGGCACUAAGUGUCUAGAAGAUGCAUUGAAGCCUUUGGAUGACAUGUUGGCAACGCGAUUGAAAGAAACUGCUGAUGUAGGGAACACUAGUGUUGGAGCCUGA